UGCACCAUGUCUCUCAAGGAUCAGCUCAUUCACACGCUCCACAAACAGGACCAGAGCCAUGCCCAGAAUAAGAUCAGUGUGGUUGGUGUGGGUGCAGUUGGAAUGGCCUGUGCUAUCAGCGUCCUGAUGAAGGACUUGGCUGAUGAACUUGCCCUUGUUGAUGUUGUGGAGGACAAGCUCAGAGGAGAGAUGCUCGAUCUCCAGCAUGGCAGCCUCUUCCUUAAAACACCGAAGAUUGUCUCUGGCAAAGAUUACAGUGUGACUGCACACUCCAAGCUGGUGAUUGUCACUGCUGGUGCCCGUCAGCAGGAGGGAGAGAGCCGCCUCAACCUGGUCCAGCGCAACGUGAAUAUCUUCAAAUUCAUCAUUCCCAACGUUGUUAAAUACAGUCCUGACUGCAAGCUGCUUAUUGUCUCAAACCCAGUGGACAUUUUGACCUAUGUGGCCUGGAAGAUCAGUGGCUUUCCUAAGAACCGUGUUAUUGGUAGUGGCUGCAAUUUGGACUCUGCCCGUUUCCGCCACCUCAUGGGAGAAAGACUGGGCAUCCACCCUCUGAGCUGCCACGGAUGGAUUGUUGGAGAGCAUGGAGAUUCAAGUGUACCUGUCUGGAGUGGAGUGAAUGUUGCUGGCGUCUCCCUGAAGGCUCUUCAUCCAGACUUGGGAACUGAUGCAGACAAGGAACACUGGAAGGAGGUCCAUAAGCAGGUAGUGGAGAGUGCCUAUGAGGUCAUCAAACUGAAGGGGUACACAUCAUGGGCUAUUGGCCUUUCUGUGGGAGAUCUAGCUGAAAGCAUUAUGAAGAACUUGAGAAGAGUGCAUCCUAUCUCUACAAUUGUUAAGGGCUUGCAUGGAAUAAAAGAAGACGUCUUCCUAAGUGUUCCUUGUGUACUGGGCAGUAAUGGUAUCACUGAUGUAGUGAAGAUGAUCCUAAAACCUGAGGAAGAGGACAAAUUAAGGAAGAGUGCAGAUACACUCUGGGGAAUCCAGAAGGAACUACAGUUUUAAAUCUGCCCAAGCAGUUCUUUGGCUCUUUGCAGUUUAACGGGUUUAGUGGUUUGUCUUACGUUGCACUUUCCAAGUAAGUCAAAUCUUUCAAUGUAUGUAUCUCAACUAGAACACACAAAAAGCUCAGAUCUGAACAAAUGAGUUUCCUGAAGAUAGCAUUAGGAAACUGCUCUAGGGUUUUCCCUGCUCACAGACACCCGUUCUUAGCCAGAGCUAGAUAACCUAGUCAGUCUUGUUCAGUGAAGUGGUAUGACAGAAAUCCAGCAUUCAAAGCAGCACUGCCUAAAAACCCUUUGCCUUUUCCUCAUCUUGUUUCCUGUUGGUUCAGAAGAAUAAGUAACUAAUUGAUACACAAAGUGAAACCAAAGACUAUUUUCUUGCAGUUCAAGGAUUGUCAAGCCAAUUGACCAACCUUCUCUGCCAGCUGAAUAGCUAAAAUAUUUCACUGUUGAUAGGUCCAAGUGUAUUUUCCUAACACUGCUUUGGAAUUUUUGUGGAUACUUUUUUUUAGAGAACCUUAUUUUUGUGUACUAUAUCAGUCUAGUUGUAAGCUCUGUCUCCUGAGCAUGUUUAAAAAAUGUUAAGGUUUCUAUGUGCAACAAGACAGUGACUGUCCAACUGUAGUACCAGCUCCAACACCAAAUAAACCACAAACUGUUA